GGUGGGGGCGAGACAAGCUUGGAGCUGGGUUGGGCGAGGCUGGCUAUGGCGGAGCUGAGAGGACGUGUGGUAUGCGUGGUUCUGGCGCUGCGAGCGUCGUCGUGACUGGAAGCUGAUCGUCAGAGUAGCGAUGGCCAGGUUGUGCAGAGCCUUUCUCUGCCUCGUGCUGGUUUUUUGCGCGGCGGGAUACGGAGCAGCAUGGAAGGAGGCCGAGUUUCGGAAGUGUCAUCAAUCGAAGUUCUGUAAGGACGUGCGGGAAAGGGCGGCGGCCUGGGCGCGAGGGGAAGGGGGCAGCAACCUCGAGGUGAAGGGUUUGAGAGUCACUGACGAAGGGCGCGUCGCAGCGCGCUUGAUUCCUGGCGGAAAUGAGCAGCAGGCUCUGGUUUUGGAGUUGUCAGCUUACAGAGAUGGGAUUGUGAGGACUAAAGUGGCUGAGGAGAACGCUCUUCGCAAGAGGUUUGAAUUACCCGAUGUUGUGGUUGCUGAUUUUGAGGCGAAGCGUCUCAAAAUCGAUCGCAUUGCAGAGAAAGAUGGCGCCUCUGUUGUUGAGUUGAGUGGUUAUGAUGUGAUUAUUCAGCAUAAACCUUUUCUGAUUCAAGUGCAACGAGGUGGUGACCUUGUCCUCUCCAUCAAUAGCAAAAACCUAUUUGAAAUUGAACACUUGCGAGUAAAGAAGGAGGGAGACGACUGGGAGGAUUCUUUCCGCUCUCAUACUGAUAAUAGACCCUAUGGGCCACAAACCGUGAGCUUUGACGUUUCCUUCCAUGGAUCAGAUCAUGUUUAUGGUAUACCUGAGCGGGCCACCAGUUUUGCGCUCAAACCUACAAAGGGACCCAGCAUCAAUAACCAUGAGCCCUAUCGUCUUUUCAACCUCGAUGUAUUUGAAUAUUUGGAUGAAUCGCCUUUUGGCUUGUACGGUUCCAUUCCUGUCAUGGUUUCUCACAGCAAAAAAGGAACUACUGGUUUCUUCUUACUAAAUGCUGCUGAGAUGCAAAUAGACGUUCUUGCACCUGGUUGGGAACACAUGGGCAUUGAACAGGUUGUAGAUGCGAGCAGCUCGGAUAAAGUUCUGACGAGUCAAAAUGAAGAGAAACGGGUGGAUAGUCACUGGAUAGUGGAGAGUGGGGUUUUUGAUGCUUUUGUGUUCGUGGGUCCAAGCCCCAAGGACGUGGUUACUCAAUAUUGUGCUGUGACGGGAACGUCAGCAAUUCCACAAUUGUUUUCCACGGCCUACCAUCAGUGUAGGUGGAAUUACAAGGAUGAGGCCGAUGUGGCUGGGGUGGACGCCGGGUUCGAUGAGUACGAUAUUCCAUAUGAUACUAUCUGGCUUGACAUUGAACAUACCGAUGGCAAGAAGUAUUUCACUUGGGAUAAGAACUUGUUUCCUAAUCCCAAAGAGAUGCAAAACAAAAUUGCAGCGAAGGGUCGUCACAUGGUGACAAUUGUGGAUCCCCACAUGAAGAGGGAUGAUGGUUACUCUCUGCAUAAAGAGGCCACCUCCCACGGGUACUACGUGAAGGACAGAGAUGGGAAAGAUUUUGAUGGUUGGUGUUGGCCAGGGGCAUCUUCAUACCUUGAUAUGCUUAAUUCCGAGGUUCGCUCCUGGUGGGCUAACAAAUUCUCCUACAGUAACUACGUAGGUUCGACCCCUAUUUUGUACAUCUGGAACGACAUGAAUGAACCUUCUGUGUUCAAUGGCCCCGAGGCAACGAUGCCAAAAGAUGCAAUUCACUAUGGUGGCGUGGAGCACCGCGACCUACACAAUGCCUACGGCUACUAUUUCCAUAUGGGUUCUGUACAAGGUCUUUUGAAACGGGAAGGGGGUAAAGAUCGACCCUUUGUAUUGUCACGAGCCAUCUUUGCUGGCACUCAGAAAGUAGGUGCUAUUUGGACUGGAGAUAAUACUGCCGAUUGGAAACACGUUCGCAUUUCAGUACCAAUGUUGUUGGCUCUUGGAGUAACUGGCAUCGCGAAUGCUGGUGCGGAUGUGGGUGGCUUCUUUGGGAACCCAGACCCUGAGAUGUUGACAAGGUGGUACCAGUUGGGUACUUAUUAUCCAUUUUUCCGUGGCCAUGGUCACCUCGACACAAAACGCAGGGAGCCGUGGCUUUUUGGGGAACCGUACACAUCACUCAUGCGCGAGGCAAUUAGUGCUCGUUACCAGAUCUUGCCAUACGUCUAUACACUAUUUAAGGAAGCCAGUGUGACAGGUGUUCCCCUUGUGCGGCCUUUGUGGAUGGAGUUCCCUGAAGAUGAGGCAACUUUCGCAAGAGACGAUGAGUUCUUGCUGGGGCCAAGUCUGUUGGUACACGGAGUUUAUUCUGAGGGAGCAAAGUCAGAAAUGGUUUAUUUCCCUGGCAAUGAAACAUGGUAUGAUGUUAAAUCGGGGACUACCUUUCCAGGUGGAAAGGAAAUGGAGAUUCCAGUCAGUCUUCAGUCUGGCAUACCUGUGUAUCAGCGUGCAGGCACCAUCAUUCCAAAGAAGCUAAGGCAUCGUCGCAGCUCCACUCAAAUGCUGAAUGACCCAUACACUUUGGUUGUGGCUUUGGACUCCAACUACGAGGCUGAAGGUGAGCUCUACAUCGACGACGGCAAAACCUAUGAGUUCGAAAAGGGCGCUUUCAUUCACAGACGUUUCAAGUUUGUCAAGGGGAAACUAACCUCCACUAACUUGGCACCCUCGAAGUCCAACCCGAAGAAGUUCACGUCACCUUGCCUUGUUGAGCGCAUUGUUAUCAUGGGAGUUCGAGCCAGGGAUUUGGUCACUGGUAAAGGCGCAGUCGUUGAGGGUGAAAGGUGGAUUCAGACCGAUAUUGGAGCUCCGUCAUUGAUACCUGGUGCCCAUUCAAGCGCUUUGAUUCUCAGGCUUCCAAAUGUGCGCAUUGCUGAUGACUGGUCUAUUAAACUUGGUUAAGGAUUUGGUAGGAGAUUAUCCAAAAUAUAGUGGGGUGCAUCAACCAAAUUCAGUUUUUAGUGCAUAUAGGGUGAUGGAAAUUAGAAGCAUAGUGCCUACUGGAUUUAGCAUGGAACAGGUCAGACUUGACGAAGUGAUUGUUCUUUAUUUUCUGAAUCCAUUAUCAGUUGGUAUCAUACCCAUCUCUCUUUUCUGGGUUUUAUCGGACGUAGUGGUGCAGGCCAGGCACCACUUCCAGUGUCAAGAUUUAUGUGAUAGUUUCAGGUCAACGAGGAUGGUUCGAUUUGGACAGAAGAUUUAGGACGGCUAGCCUGGCAUUUCUGUGAGGAUGUAUAUUGAAGCUGACUGCACAUUGUGUGAAAUCGCUCCAAUUUAAGGUACAUGUUGAUAAGUCGAUCAUAUUCCUCUAAUUUGGCCGUUACAGUAAACGCUUAGUGGACCCAAAUUGUACGAAACCAAGUCGUCAUUAAAUAUUCGUUAUUUUUCUUCA